GCGGCUGCGCCUGGCGCUGGGCCGGAAGUUGUUCCGCCAAGCGCAGGAAGUGACGCGACGUGCGUGCGGCGAUGGCGCUGGAGACUGUGCCCAAAGACCUGCGGCACCUGCGAGCCUGUCUGCUCUGCUCCCUCGUGAAGACCAUCGACCAGUUCGAGUACGACGGGUGCGACAACUGCGACGCCUACCUGCAGAUGAAGGGCAACCGCGAGAUGGUCUACGACUGCACCAGCUCCUCCUUCGACGGGAUCAUUGCUAUGAUGAGCCCUGAGGACAGCUGGGUUUCCAAGUGGCAGCGAAUCAGUAACUUCAAGCCUGGUGUGUAUGCGGUGUCCGUUACUGGCCGUCUGCCUCAAGGGAUUGUACGGGAGCUGAAGAGCCGAGGUGUGGCCUACAAAUCCCGAGACACAGCCAUAAAGACCUAAGGAGCCAUUAAGUCACAUGGAGGAGUCCUUGGUGCUCUGCCAGCAUUCCUCUUGCAGAUAGGUUGGAGUACAGAGACUGCUCUAGAGCACUACUCUAGUGCUGAAAACCACCAGAACAGGGAAAAGCAAGUGGGAACUUGCAUUGGGGGUCCUUGGAUCAGCUCUAUCCUGUCUGUGUUCUGGACUCCUCUGAUACCACUCCUUUUGCCCAGAUAAUAGCAAUAAAGAAUCUG